GCCGCGAGCUCCUUAUGGUAUGCCCCAUUGGGGAAGACCACCAGGGGCACAUCUGGGGAGACAGAACGGAAGGCGGGGUGGACAGUUGGUGGAUGGUGCGAUGCGAGUAGAAGAGCCGAGUGGUGAAGCGGAGAGUCAGUUUGGUUUGCGAAGUAAUCGACUGGAUACAAGACAAUUAGCUGGGUUACGGGGUAGGGGGGACAUACUGCGGAGCUCUGUGCUGGAACACGACGACAGGCAGGGAUCAUUUGACGGCGCAGAUUACGAUAUGUACGAGGACACGAAUAAAACAGUUGCAUAUGCGGUUCAGUUGGCGAUGGAGGACAAUGAAGACUGGUUAGUGGAGCGGGCGUUGGAGCGCAUUCGACGCGCACAUUCUGAAGGGCACAAGAACGUCACGCUUUCCAAUAGGGAACUUGAGGCGCUUGAGCGGAGGCGACUACAGGCGGCACCAGAUCCGGCUGAAAGUCAACAAGUGAAGGGGUCUGGAAGCGAUAUUGGCGCCACGCCCGCUUCGCCAUACCCCUUGGAUACCAGUAUCUAUGACACUUGGGCCAGGACAAGCACUUCAGUUAGUCCGCAAUCGUCGACGACGACGCUCCGAUCAACGCACCAGCCAGCUUACCUUAGCUCUGCGAGUCGUCCGUCGGUGUUUCAUGCGCCUCCUGCGAUUCCCGGCUCCCUUCCAGAUGACUACCAGCAGAUGCCUCUGCACCAAACAGCGCAACUGAGCGAGUCCCGUCACAACCUGCACCAUCCAAUCGACACUCAAUGCGGGUCUCUGACUCGUCUAGCAAAGACGCCGUAUACCAGCGCUCGGUCUCACGCUUUGCAUGGUUCGCCGGACCUUGGAGCACUGGCAGCGAGAUUCGUUACCAACAGAGACAGCGAGAGCGACGAAAGCAGCCCUCGAAAACGCAGCCCAGCCAGUAGUGGCGAUGACAUUCCAGUGAUGGAAGUCAUAAAACACAAAGUGCCCAGCUCACCUACCCGUGUGAUUAACAGGGGCAUUCGCCAACGCGUGAGCCGACCAUGA